CCCGGAGGUGCGGCCCGGGGAGGGGCCAGGAGCAGGAACGUGCCCGGUGCUGCCCAGUCUUUGUCUGCUGCCUCCGGAUGCACAGCGAUGGGGGAAUGGACCAUCUUGGAGAGGCUGCUGGAGGCCGCCGUGCAGCAGCACUCCACUAUGAUCGGGAGGAUCCUGUUGACGGUGGUGGUGAUCUUCCGUAUCCUCAUUGUGGCCAUUGUGGGGGAGACGGUGUAUGAUGAUGAGCAGACCAUGUUUGUGUGCAACACUCUGCAGCCCGGCUGUAACCAGGCCUGCUAUGACCGCGCCUUCCCCAUCUCGCAUAUACGUUACUGGGUCUUCCAGAUCAUAAUGGUGUGCACCCCCAGUCUCUGCUUCAUCACCUAUUCUGUGCACCAGUCUGCUAAGCAGCGAGAACGCCGAUAUUCUACUGUCUUCCUAGCUCUGGACAGAGAUGCCCCUGAGUCUAUGGGGGGCCCUGGAGGAACUGGUGGUAGUGGCAGUGGUGGAGGCAAAAGAGAAGAUAAGAAGUUGCAAAAUGCCAUUGUUAAUGGGGUGCUACAGAACACAGAGAACACCAGCAAGGAGACGGAGCCUGACUGUUUAGAAGUUAAGGAGCUGACUCCACACCCAUCAGGUUUGCGCACUGCAGCGAGAUCUAAGCUCCGAAGACAGGAAGGGAUCUCUCGUUUCUACAUUAUCCAAGUGGUGUUCCGAAAUGCACUGGAGAUUGGGUUUCUGGUUGGCCAAUACUUUCUCUACGGCUUUAGUGUCCCAGGGUUAUAUGAGUGUAACCGCUACCCUUGCAUCAAGGAGGUGGAGUGCUACGUGUCCAGGCCCACUGAAAAGACUGUCUUCCUAGUGUUCAUGUUUGCUGUGAGUGGCAUCUGUGUUGUGCUCAACCUGGCUGAACUCAACCACUUGGGGUGGCGCAAGAUCAAGCUGGCUGUGCGAGGGGCCCAGGCCAAAAGGAAGUCAGUCUAUGAGAUCCGGAACAAGGACCUGCCCCGGGUCAGUGUUCCCAAUUUUGGCAGGACUCAGUCCAGUGAUUCUGCCUAUGUGUGAAAGGGCAGGUUUUGGAAGGCCUGUGGGGUGACAAG